CUCGAUAUGCCCACGUGAGUGACGUCCAGGUGACGUCACACGUAAACAUUAUGGAGGUUGAUUACUUUAUCGCCUAUUUCGCUUAAAAAUCGGGCCUGAAGUCGCAGAGCAAUUCUGAAAACACUGCUAACAAAGUCAACAGUGCAACUACAGCUACCAGUAUCAAAACCAAAGCAAGAUAUAAUGGCUUCCUAUGAUGAUCAGGACAUUCGUAAAGGGAUUCGGCUUAUGUUUUCGUCUGCGCCAGAUUCAACAGAACAACUGAGAUCUUUGCUCGAAGACGCCAUCAGAGCAAAAUACGGAACCAGCAGGAGCCUGGGAAAAAUCGUAAAUCCUAGUGCGAAGCAGUCCUACACCCCUGCUGAGGAUGAACUGUGCAUAGUAUCUGACAAUUCCAAUUCGGACAAGAUGGAUGCAGACGAGGAUGAUGAUGAGGCGCAGGAGUACUAUAUGAUGGAAGACUUAGCAUGCUCCGUUUGCAAGUCCAUCACUGUGUCCAAAGGCAAUCGGUUAACUGAAUGUAAAGACUGCCAGAAGAUGUACCACCAGGAGUGCCACUCGCCCCCCAUCUUGGAUAAAUACGUCGACGACUCUGGCUCGUGGAGCUGCUCCAGCUGCAAGCCAGUCGUACCAGAACCUACAAAACAGUCGUAUUUCAAAAGUGGCUCGAGUGGAAAAUCCCUUCGUGCUUCACCGAGCCUGCCAACGUCUAGUAGUUCAAAAGGAACCUCUCAGAAAAGCGAGCCUCCAUCUCAUCUGAAGAGACAAGGGUCUUCUGGAGGAAGCUCCUCCACUUCCUCAGGAUCGACAUCAAAGUCUUCUGGUUCAGCUGGCAUAUCAGCUAGUUUGCAGAGGUCUAACAGCAGCUCCUCAGCCAAAGAGUCAGGCCUGAAGCGCUCUAGGCCGUCUUCCCCUGCCGCCAAAGGCUCUUCAUCCUCCAAAACAUACUCAAGCUCUGGAAGUGGAAGAAUUUCCAGCCCGUCGUCCGUCCCGUCUCCGACUAGCAGCACCAGUGCCGCAGGAAAGAGGCUUGAAAACAUGAAAAAGAAAGCUGCCACUAAGCUCCAAGAAAAACGAAAACACAGCAAGUAGUUGGACAAGUUUUUAGUAUCUAAAAUCAGAAGGAAUUGAAUUUGAUGCGCUGACAAAAAUGACUGGACGAUACUUUUAUGUAUUAAUUUUGGCAUCGCAAAAUGCAGGAAUAUUGGCUGGAAAACCUUCAAAUUCCACUGUUGUUACAUUGAUGCAUUUGUACAAGAUAAAUAACUACAAAUAAAA